UAAUAUAAUAUGACGAAACACAACGAUGACAAACAUUCUACUGAAUGUCACGACGACACAGAGACUUCAGAUGACAGCGAGUCAAAACAACAGAUAACGUGGAGUAACACACUAGAACUCGUGGUCUCACUGAUAGGCUACUCCACGGGAAUGUCGGAUUUCUGGAGGUUUCCUUAUCUGGUGUGGAGAAAUGGUGGAGGUGCGUUUCUUUUUGCCUAUGCCACGACAUUAACUGCAUGCGGUGUACCCCUGUACUUUCUCGAAGUCUUCCUUGGGCAAUAUUCCGGAAAAGGAGUGUUUGAAAUAUGGGGUUGUUCUCCACUUUUUAAAGGUGAUAUUUGUGUGGACAAAUAAUAAGG